AUGACUCAACAGCCUCCUGCGCCUUCGCAGGAUGGCUCCUCAACCCAAAGCUCGCUCCCUGGGCAGCUUGCCGCGUUUAUCCAAAUGAGGGCUUCACAGCGUUCGCAUGCGGAUGCUUCUAUUCAACAGGAACUAGUUCCUGCUGCGAGCAGCGAUUCCUUCGCCGGUUGGCUGAGUAGGUACCACUCGCGGAUGCUGGAGGAGGCAAGCCCGACUCCUGGUGUCUACUCACCCGACUACUCCUGUUCGCCUUUGCGAAGCCGGAACCAAUGGCAGCCAUCGCCAUUCUCCCCCCUUGGUGAUAAUGGCCGUCUCCAGACCAACCUCGCCCCAACCCAGGGAGCGACUGGCAAUAUCCAACACACUCCUCCGGAAGCUCUCGACCAUGGAGCCUAUGAAUCCAGCCUGGUCCCAGUUUUUGUUUCUAGUCUGCUUCCUAGCUACCCUACCCCCCAAGGCGCCGAGGGUUUGACGGAUGGACCGCAAGAGGCAAGCGAGGAUGUGCCGACUCGAGGCUUUAUCGUGUCAUUGGUCGAUGCCGAAACACCCCACCGUUACAUCCUUGAUGUACUCUGUAUCAAGGAGUAUCGCUCUCUUGAGCUUAUUUGCCUAAAGUAUAUCAAGGAUAACCAAAAGUUUGCUCUCGCCUUUGCGGACGUUCGGGAGGCCAUCAAUGCGAGAAAGGUGUUUAAGGACAGUCAUCCUGAAUGGCGCAUUGCAUCAGCGACUGCCCAAGAGAUCGCAGGUAUCACUGGAGUUGUGGAAUUCAUCAAAGAGUCCCCGCAAGGCGUGUUUCUUCUGACCGUCCAUGUGCCUCUUCAACGAUUGCGCGACCCAAACAACGAGGAUUUCAUCAAGGGCCUAACCCUUAACUUCGGCCAGGUGGAGCAAUUCGUGGAUUUCCGUUUUGAGGUCUCCCCUGAAGGGAGUUCGUCUCUACCCUUGCCCCCCUACGUUGGCCAACAAAGUCCUGUGACGCCUCACCAGGGCAACAGUGGUGGGUUUGGGUCUUCGUCGAAUAUGGGUUUGGGCAAGGUUGAUUGCAAUGAGCGGAUAACCAGCCUCGCUCGAAUUCGAGAUGGACAGGAUGUUCGCACCACGAUUAUAAUUCGACAUAUUCCGAAAUUUCUUGAUUGCGAUCAAGUGAUGGAGGCCUUGAAUCGAAUUAAAUGGCGAUCAGGCACCAAUUUCGGUUACGCAUUUGUCAACUUCGGCGAUCGAUUGGACAUUAUUACCCUCUACCUUGCGCUAGAGGGCAAAAAAUGGCCCGACUGCCAAACUGCGGAGGACCCAGUGAGAAUCAGCUAUGCCAUGGUUCAGGGAAAGGACAAUUUGGUGAACAGGUUCCGCAACAGUAACGUUAUGACCCGACCUCGUGAGGAGCGACCCAAAUUGUUCUUCACGAGCGGUCCUUUUGCAGGAUUGGAGGCACCCUUCCCUCUGCCAAAUGACGCCGGGAGGCUGCACCCUCAUCUAUCGAACCGUGUUAACCGUUAUCCUGCGGGAGGGUCAUUGCCCCAUGACAUCCCUUUGAGUUCUCCAUCAGCCCGAACGGAGCGUGAUCCGCGCCACUCUAGGGGGCAAUCAUUGCAGCAGAACUUCCCUUCGGGUGCCUCUUCCACUCGGCAGGGCAAUCAAACCAUGCGAGAGCUUGAGUGGCGUCGUGCGCCUCAGAAUCUCCCCUUGAAUUCUCUAUGGGCUCCAACGGAGCGUGAUCCGGGCCACUCUAGGGGACAAUCAUUGCAGCAGAACUUCCCUUCCGGUUCCUCCUUCACCCGGCAGGGCAAUCAAAACAUGCGCCAACUCGAAUGGCGAACUCAGCCUACACCUCAGGAUAACCCUGAAAACACUUCCUUGGCAUUGCAUGGCAAUCAAACCAUGCGCCCCUCUGUGAGACAAUGCCUGCCUCAGAACAGCCCUUUGGCUUCUUCAUUGGCUCGAACGGAGCGCGGUCUGCGUCACUCUAGGGGACAAUCAGUGUUCCAGAACGUUGCUCCGGCCUCCCCCUCAGCGGCGUUCGAGGCACAGUCAGUCCACCGCUCCUGGGGACCACAGAGUCGCUCUUGGGGACAACAGUAUCGUGCCCAACAACCUUCAGCCGAAAAAGCUUUUCCGUUUACGCGGGAGAGCAAGUAA